GAGAUAAUGGGAUGGAAGAAGAGAAAGAUGGAGAGUUCCAUUCACUUUCACAAACACAAACACAAAAGCAGCAGCUGCCAAACAUGUCCCUAGCGGAGCUGAACAUGCUGCUUGUAUUCCUUUCCUUAAUAUACAUUUCAACCGAUGAGUGCAUUGAAGAAGGAGAAGGAGAAGGAGACGAAGAUAAGGAGAGUACCCACAUCAGAAGAGAAAGGGAGCAGGUUCCUGUGGCCAAGACAUGCACCCUAUCAAGAAUACAAGACAACAGAAAUGAUCCUAAGCUUGGCAGGAGAUCCUUUUCAUCAAGAUUUCAAACUACCAUUAGAGACUCCAGGCAUGGAAGAAAAAUGUGAAGAAAAGUAUCGUUCUACUUCUACUUGAGCGAGGAUUACACUAAUUAACUCAAAGAUUACAGAGAACCGUUCGCAAAAUUUUUGCUAGUGCUUUUGUACAAAUUCGUACAGGAACACCAACGCCGUCUUUUUUAGAAGCCGUUGAUCACAAAAAGGAUGAAGGAGAUAGGGAAGUCUUGUACCUAGGGCUAUGGCAACGGUAUUGUCUCCUUGCAUUGUUUUCCAGAUGCCAAUUCUUGUGCACAAAACAAGUCUCUUAGACUGCUUCUUACUAUUUUAUUUCUGUUAUUUUUGGCUAAAAUGUUAAAGGUAAAAACUACGUUGGGUUAAUAACAACUAUAAAUUAUCUUUGAAUGAAAACCAAGUUCAUUCAAAUACACGGUAAUUUGUUGCGCAACUCCUAGAAUCAGAUAAGCCGUUCAUUAUUCAUUUGUACUGAAUUCAAAGUAACAAAAAUUUGUACUGGAAACAUAUGAUAUAUUCUAUCAUGUUUACAUACUAGGCAUAGAGCCACUCUUAUACAAAUAAUUGCCACAAUUUAGAUUCAAAAGGGAGUAUAUAGAUUUCUUCUACUAGAACCAAUAAUGACGAAGGAAGGAUUUAGCUUACAUUUCGAACACUCUUC